CAGAAGAACCCUACCUAGAUACCUAGCGCAGCUCUUAGCCUCUCCCUGCUCUAGUGCUCUGCCCAUCCCUUCUCGCUGCUCAGCUGGUCGCCUGCUCUGUAUUGCCACCACCGCCGAACAAGCAACCCCACCGCGACGAUCGUAGACAGAACGAUCGCCGACCGUUGAUACCGCCGGUACAUCGCCACAGCUGAUGGUCGAAUUCAUCAAUGCACCUGAUGGUCCUCUAAGCAACUCAGCACAAGACAAUUGACAUUGUUUUAGCACGAGGAGAGAGAGAAGCUUGAUAGUUUGGCGCAGGCUUGCUUCACGGGGCUCAGAUUCUCAAUGAUGGCGGCUUCUUUACAUACCGGUGUGAGAAUACCUAUCAAGUCACACCAGUUCCAUUAUAAGCCCCCCCACAUACACCCUUCUUUUAGAUUGGCUACGAUCCGCUGCUCUGUCGCUGCACCCAGCAAACGCUACUCCAUCACUCUCCUCCCCGGUGAUGGUAUCGGCCCUGAAGUCAUCUCUGUCGCUAAGAAUGCUCUACAACUCACUGGCUCUCUCGAAGGAAUUGAGUUUGGGUUCAAUGAGAUGCCUAUGGGUGGGGUUGCUAUUGAUUUGACUGGAGUGCCUUUGCCUGAGGAGACUCUUUCAGCCGCAAAGCAAUCUGAUGCUGUUCUUCUUGGAGCAAUUGGAGGGUAUAAAUGGGACAACAAUAAAAAGCAUUUGAAGCCUGAGACCGGAUUGCUUCAGCUUCGAGAGGGUCUUAAGGUCUUUGCAAACUUGAGACCUGCGUCAGUCCUGCCACAGUUGGUAGAUGCUUCAACAUUGAAGAGAGAAGUUGCAGAAGGUGUAGACCUAAUGGUUGUCAGGGAACUUACAGGAGGUAUUUAUUUUGGCAAACCAAGGGGUUUUGGUACAAAUGAAAAUGGUGAGGAAAUUGGUUUCAAUACUGAGGUUUAUGCAACUUACGAGGUAGAACGUAUUGCUCGUGUAGCAUUUGAAACUGCACGAAAACGUCGAGGAAAACUCUGUUCUGUUGAUAAAGCAAAUGUGUUGGAGGCCUCUAUGCAUUGGAGAAGGAUUGUGUCAGAGUUGUCCAAAGAGUACCCUGAUGUUGAACUUUCACAUAUGUAUGUGGACAACGCUGCCAUGCAGCUUGUUCGCAAUCCAAAACAGUUUGAUACGAUUGUAACAAACAAUAUAUUUGGUGAUAUUCUAUCUGAUGAAGCUUCAAUGAUUACUGGAAGUAUUGGUAUGCUUCCAUCUGCCAGUGUUGGAGAAUCGGGACCUGGACUCUUUGAGCCAAUACAUGGUUCUGCUCCUGAUAUCGCUGGACAGGAUAAAGCAAAUCCUUUAGCAACAGUGCUUAGUGCUGCUAUGCUUCUCAAAUAUGGCCUAGGAGAGGAGAAGGCUGCUCAGAGGAUUGAGGCAGCUGUUUUGGACACUUUAAAUCAAGGAUUUCGCACUAGUGACAUAUAUUCUGCUGGGCAUAAAUUAGUCGGGUGCAAGGAAAUGGGUGAAGAAGUGCUGAAGUCAAUAGAAGCUCAAGUUCCUGUAUUGCUUAGCUGAUCAUGGGCUUGUUCUUUUGGUUGGGUGUUAGGUUGCAUUAUCUUCCUUGUUGCAUGUGACACUGAGAAUUUUAAUUAUAUUCACGGAGGGGCACUUCUUGUUUGUUGAAGAUGAACACCUUGGAUUUUUAUUUUUAUUGCUUAAAAUUUCUGUUUGCCAUGUUUAUUUUUGCAUUCAUAUGUUGUUUGAAUUGUGAACAUUACUAUUUAAACCUCCUUCAUUCAAGGAGGUGGACGCUUUUUUGAAAAUGAAUGUGUAUUUUAUUUA